UUCCAAUCCUAGGGUCCUGUCACAGUAAAAUGACUUUUUCCUAGCUUCAAGAGAACACUGUCGUAUUCUGUCUUUAAUUUCAGUUUUCAGGAUUUUUAGGUUAGGCCUGUGUGAAGAGUUUAUACGCAAGAAUACAUGUAUAUAAACCAGAAAACUGUGAAGAUUUAAUUCCUACAGAAUGACAAUGGAGGAAGAGGAUGGGUCAUCAGUGGUCUCUUUUCCUUUACACGUUGUUGUAUUUUCAGUUUUAGAUGAGUUACAAAAAACUGACCUUGCUGCUGCCCAAACAUUGAGGGCAGCAUUAAACAAAGUGGAAAAGAAACAUCCAGGCUUUACGCAGGAUCUUGUGAAUGGCAUACUGGAGGCAAAGUCAGCUAAUGUGAACUUAACUGAAUGCCUUCUACGGCUGGCAGCAUAUGAUAGUGAAGGUAAUUGAGGAGUUGCUUAUAAUUCCUGUGUGAAUCAUGUGAUUAUUUCACAUCUCAAAAAAACGUACAGUACAACUUUUAUAUAAACUUAAAAUAUCAUGA